AUGGAGCGCCAACAUCCGCGACCACUCGUGAUUGACGAGGACGUCAAUUUGAAACUCGUACGCCGCUUUACACAGACUCUUGACGGGACGACCCCACUGGAGACGGGUACAAAACAGGCCCAGCUCGAGGCUGAUGCCAUGAUCCAAGCCGCGACCCGAGAUCGCCUGCAAAAACUGUACGAUGAUGGCGAUAGUACUCAAGAUCCUUUCGACCACGUCGAGUUCGAGCGCAAGAUUCUGGAGAAGCAUUGCAUUGAAUACGUGGAAGCAAUGCGAGAAAAACGCAAAAGUCGACGGCAUCAGACCUUUCGACGCCUUGACAACUCCGAAUCUCGCGAAGAAAAGUUAGAACAACUCCUCCAGCAAGUGGGGUCUUCUGGGGUGGAAGGACUACAAGAUCUGGUCCAGACCAUGGAGGCGGAUUGGGAGCGGUCUCAUUCCAAAGCCUUCAAGUCUCUUCAGAGGUUCUGCAAAGCGGUCGACUCGCAUGCACCCGUCUUCAAGAUCUUCCCUAGCGACACUCUGUACACUUCAACGCUGUGUGGAGCGUUGACAGUGCUGGUACAGGCAUCCGUAAACCACAGUCAUAUUGCUGACCUUUUCCUUACGUCGGUGGUUUCACUUUCCGAAAAGGUUUCCGGCUGCUCCAGCCUGCUCUACAUGAUCAGGACACAAGACAUGCGGGCGAGACUAGCAAACGUCUACUCCAAGUACUUUGAAUUUCUCUGCUCUACAAUCCAAUGGUUCUUGAAGGGAAAGUUCUCGCGGUCAUUGGACUCUUUCAAUGAUAAUUUCUCCCAACAGGUUGAGAGCGCCAGGGCAGAGAUAGACGACGCGAUCCUCGAAAUUAUAGAGGCGAGCAGACGGGGUCACAUGGCCAUGGAUGCGACGACCUUUCUGACGACUAAAGAUAUUGAAAAAGCGCUGAGUCGCGUGGAAGGAUGUACGAGUAGGAUCGAGUCGAAGCUGGACGGAAUAGAUGCCAUGCGGCAGACCAACUACAAUGACCAACUUCCGCCGGGUGCCAUGGGGCACCCAAUGGUGCUACUCCUUCUAUAUCAGACAGCAGACUUCUCAAAGAAUCAUGGACCUGCAUUGCCUGGCCUAUCUGCUAUCGCAGGUCCUAAGGCCAUCGGCCCCAUGAUGUCAAAGACCAAAAAAAGAUCGGAUGUCGAACCUCACUGCGAGAAGCUCAAGGACUUCGUAGACCGGACUGGUAUCACAGAUGGCAUCGAGCUUAGCAAGAGCACCGGGCCUCUGGUGGCCGAGUCGUUCGUGAUACACAGGUUGGCGAAUUGGAUGGCGGCUACACCCGGCACCUCCGAACUCCUGUGGAUCAUCACGCCAAUGGAGUUUCAGGACAUGAGCAGCGCGACGCUCGCGGCGCUGGGGACGAUUCAGACUGCAGCACAGGCCAACGCGUCCUUUAUUGCCGCUAUCUGCAAAAGACCACACAGAUCAGAUGUUUCCGGACAUAGUUCACCGCAAGAGGCGGGCUGCAUCGCACUGCUUUAUAGCCUCAUAUGCCAGCUCAUCAGGUUCAACCCAACUGAUGAUACCGUGGAGCUCGACAUCAACGCUUUCGAGCGGCUCGCUCGGCAGGACAAUGCAUGGGAGUUGGGCCUCGAAGUGCUUGAAACUCUCCUCACGCAUACGCCAGUCGUGGGCUUUUGCAUCAUCGACAGCAUAAACGUACUUGAGACAGACGAGCUUGGAGAGAAGAUGUGUGAGGGGCUGGUCAGGAAAGUACUCGCAUAUGUUCGCACUGCUGAUUCUCCGAUGCGGGUUCUCUUCACCACACCUGGACAGUCACGGGUCCUGCAUAGAUAUGUACAGGUGGGAGAGAGGGUUGUCACCGACCAGACUUUCGUGCAGACACAGAGGCGAGGCCAACAUUUCAGAACCCGGAUGCUCGAGUAA